ACAAAAAACUCAAUUUACUAAGUAAAGGUAGGUAGGAUUAUUCCAGAAUAAUCCAAAGGUGGGAUUAUUUUUGGAAGAUCGGCCAAAGGUGGGAUUAUUCCAGGCAAAUUUUCCUUUUGAUUAUUAUUAGUAAUAUUUUUUUCAAUUAAUUAGUAAUAUAUAUAAUAAGACUAAUUCGACAAUAUAUUACAUAAUAGUAGAAAAAAUGUCAUAGUUAAAAAAAAAUAUAAGUGCAAAAGUUUAGGUGUGUAACUAUUUAAAUCUGGAAUAAUAAAAUUAAAACAUUAUGUCCUCGAAAUAAUUUAGGAUUUUUUUAUGGGAAUAAUUCCACUUUUGAGCGAUCUUCCCAAAACAGUCACACAUUUCAUAAAUUUGGAAAUAAUACCACCUUUGGGGUGUUGUCUGCUCAAAAUGGGUCAUUUUAACCUAUGACUUGUUUGACUAGUAAAAAAGACUUGUUGAUUUUUUUUUCUCACAAUCCCUCCCACCCCCACCACCCCGGCCUUCAUCUCUGCCCAAUUAUUGAACAAUAUAUUUCAUAUCUAUUAAUAUUAAAUUAUUAUAAUUUUUUCUAAUAUCCAUUAAAAGAUGCUUAAGAUCAAAGAAAUAUAUUGGCAAAAGCACAUAGUCAGGACAGACAAACAAAAAAAUACAAGAGAUUAUUUAAUUCAAACUAUUAAGUGCGUUAAUGGAGAUUAUAAACAAUUAUUGAGGUAAGAUGAAGUAAAUUAUAAUACUCCUAAUUAGGAUGUUCAUCAAACACGCAUAUGAUUCUCUGUAUCACAGAUUUGGGUUGUUUUUUACAUUUUAAAACCAAGUCAAACUAUCCCACUUAUUAAUACAACUUGCGCAAUAGCUCAAAUAUAGACCAUAUUGUAAACCAAAAAAAAAAAAAAAAAAAAAAAGAGAUAAAGAGAGAUCAUGGAGAUGGAUAAGAGGUUGUAUGAAACUGCUCUUGAAGGAAAUGUACCAAACUUAAAAGUAUUAAUCCAAGAAGAUCCCUUAAUUCUUGAUAGAAUUUCCUUAACAUAUUUUCAAGAUACACCUUUGCAUGUUGCAACCCUACGUGGUCACGUUGACUUUACAAGAUUUGUACUGAGUCACAACCCUCGACUCGCCACCGAGUCUGACUCGCUCGGCCACUUGCCCCUCCACGUCGCUUCCGCCAAGGGACACGUGGAUAUCGUGCGCGAGCUCGUGCGUGUGGACCCCGGCUCCUGCCUUGCUCGUAGCAAGGAUGGGAAGUUGCCACUUCAUUUGGCAAUAAUGAAAGGGGUCCGAGUUGAGGUGGUCAACGAGUUGGCUCGAGCGAGUCCUGAGUCGACUCGGUCGAGUGUGGAUAGAGGAGAUAGUGUUUUACACUUGUGUGUUAAGCAUGAUAACUUGGAUGCAUUUCAAGUGUUGGUGGACGUAUUGAAGGGUGAAAAUAAUGGUAUUGGCAACUUGUUGAAUGCAAGGAAUGAUGAUGGGAAUACUGUCUUGCAUUUAGCUGCUCUAUACAAGCAUUUGGAGAUUUCAAAAUACUUGGUAGCAACACCAAGCAUUGAACUAAAUGCAGAGAAUAACAAUGGUCUAACAGCCUUAGAUUUAGUUGAAAACUCUCCUAAAGACUUCAAAGCACUCGAACUACUCAACUUCUUCCUACAAUCCAACGUUCGACAAUCAAAAUUCAACAACACCCAAAAAACCAAUGCUACAGCAUCACAUCCUAGCCCACCAAGGCCCAAAAAGUCAUGGAAAAAAAGGAUUUUCACCUUCAAUAGUAAUAACCAGUUAGAAGACAUGAAAGGUGAACUAUUUAUAAUCGCGGCUAUAAUAGCCGCGAUUAAUGCAUUACCCAUCAUUAACAUGAGGGUAAAUGGGCCGGAUUUAACCGAACAAUAUUCGAUUAAUUCGGCUUCAUUUGUACCUGCUGUUACAAUAAUGGUGUUAUUAGUAAGUGGUUUACCCUUAAACAACAAGCUUUGUGCUUGGCUUGUGAUACAAUUAAUGUACACUUCACUUGGAUUUAUGGGUUUGAAUUACAUUGGAGAAAUGGUCUCAAAUGAAAGCCGGUAUUUAAAUGUGGAUUUUGCCUUUGUUUUUGUGGCCAUUUGGUUUGGGCUGCUAAUGAUAGUUAGUGCACUUAAUAUGAUACGUUUAAUUGUGUGGGUGGUGAAGAUCAUCAAAGGAUGUAUAAAAAGGAGGAGAUUGCGCAGCAGAAGAGAAAAUACUAAUGUUGUAUCAAAUGCUUGAUGGAAGUGUAAAUCUAUACUAAUAUAUUAAAAGGCGUGCAUAAACCAGAAACGGUGCCACGUGGCGCUCUCCCUAAAGUUCAUGUACCAAAGUUUUAACCACUAGACCAAGUUGUAUUUAGUGUUAUCAUAUCAAAGUACAAUAUUAAUAAAUGAAUUUUUUCUUACCCAGGGCAUAGUCCGGACCUAAUAACUAGUUAUAACUAAAAAGUGUACUUUUUUUACUUGAGUUUCUUUGAUUAUUUGA